GCUGCCAGGGAUUGCCGCUCACAAGGAUGGGCCUGUUGAUUCUCUCCGGGGCAUCGUUGGUAGAGCGUUAGAGUAAACAAACCCCAGGUUCCGGGUGGCCGAGGGAGUGGGCGCCCUCUGUUCUCCCCGGGAAGCAGGGAAGGUGGGGCCAGGUUGUGGCCGCCGUGAGCAGAGACCGCUUUCCUCAACCACGGGACGCGCGACGUUAGCCGGGGAGAAGCCAGAAGCGCCAUUGUGAUGCAGCGGGAUGGGUGGAGCCAUCAAGUCCCAAUUUAGAUCCCUCUGCUUUUAGGCGCGCCCAUUUCAGAUUGCUAAACCCUGGUGUGAAGCGGGACAGGCCAGGGCAGGAGGUGGCCAGCCACACCCUGCAGGGCGCGCACUUGGCGGGCUGCAGACCCCACGGGCAGACGCCGAGAUGCGCAGUCGGAGGCUCCUGAGCGCUGCCCACCUUCUCUGCGUGUGCGCGGUCGCGCUGGCCGCCCCCGGGUCCCGCUUUCUGGUGACAGCCCCAGGGAUCAUCAGACCCGGAGCAAAUGUGACUAUUGGGGUGGAUCUCCUGGAAAAUAGCCCCCCACAUGUCCUUGUAAAGGCUCAGGUGUUCAAGAUAGCUUCCAACAGAUCGCGCUCCAUCCUGGAAACAGAAGGAGUCUUUUACAGAGGUCAAUUCAAGACUCUUACUUUUCCGGCACUACCUCUGAACAGCGCAGAUAAGAUUUAUGAACUACACAUAAGCGGAAAAUCAGAGAAUGAGAUUGUAUUCUCCAACAGGACACGCUUAACAUUUGAGAGCAAGAGGAUCUCAGUCCUCAUUCAGACAGACAAGGCGGUCUACAAGCCAAAGCAGGAAGUGAAGUUUCGCGUGCUCACGCUCUUGUCAGAUCUCAAGCCUUAUAAGACGUCUGUGGACAUUUUCAUUAAGGAUCCGAAGUCUAAUGUGAUCCAACAGUGGUUUUCUCAGGAAGGCGAUCUUGGAGUUGUUUCCAAAACUUUCCAACUAUCCUCUCAUCCAAUACUUGGUGACUGGUCCAUUCAGGUUCAAGUGAAUGAUCAGCAAUAUUACCAGUCCUUUCAGGUCUUAGAAUACGUGUUACCCAAGUUUGAAGUUACUCUGCAGACACCACUGUAUUAUUCUUUGAAGUCUAAGCAUUUAAGGGGCACCGUCAUAGCAAAGUAUACAUAUGGGAAGCCAGUGAAGGGAAGUCUGUCACUUACAUUUUUACCUUUAUCUUUUUGGGGACAGAAGAAAAAUAUCACAAAAAAAUUUGAGAUAAAUGGAUUCACAAACUUCUCCUUUGACACUGAUGCGAUGAAAAAGGUAAUGAAUUUGAAAAAGAUAAUGGAUGUCUCGGAUGUCUUGGAAGGGAAUUCUGAGCAUGUGGACCCAUCCUUUCCUGGGCCCGCAGAGAUUGUAGCUACUGUGACAGAAUCACUCACAGGUACCUCAAGAAAGGCAAGUGCCAAUGUGUUUUUCAAGCAACAUGAUUACAUCAUUGAGAUUUUUGAUUACACGACUGUCUUGAAGCCAUCUCUCAACUUCUCAGCCACUGUGAAGGUCAGCCGCUCUGAUGGCAAUCAACUAACUCCUGAAGAAAUAGAAAAUGAUUUGGUCACAGUGGUGACUCAGAGGAAGAAUAGCAACACUCCCGGGAGUCAGAGAGACCAGGAUAUGGAUUAUAUCCAGAUUGUAAAUUAUACUAUGCCCCAAAAUGGAAUCGUUAGGGUUGAAUUCCCAGUCAUGUCCAUUUCCAGUGAGCUACAACUGAAGGCGUCUUUCCUUGAUACUACAAGUUCUGUGGCCGUUCACAGCAUGUUCACCUCUCCUAGUAAGACGUACAUCCAGCUUAAAACCAGAGAUGAAUAUAUAACGGUGGGAUCACCAUUUGAUUUGAUGGUUAGUGGCAACAAAGAAUUCAAGGAUUUCAGCUAUAUGGUAAUAUCAAAGGGACAAUUGGUGGCUGUAGGCAAACAAAGUUUAAGAACUUUCUCUUUAACACCAGAAGAUUCCUGGGCUCCAAAAGCCUGUAUAAUUGCAUAUUAUAUUGCAGAGGAUGGGGAAAUUAUAAAUGAUAUCCUAAAAAUCCCCGUUCAGCUUGUUUUUAAAAAUAAGGUAAAGCUGUUUUGGAGUAAGCCAAGAGUCAAGCCAUCUGAUAAGGUCUUUCUCAAGAUCUCUGUGACACAGCCGGACUCCCUGGUGGGGAUUGUAGCUGUUGACAAAAGUGUGCAACUGAUGGAAAGCGCCAACGAUAUUACAAUGGAAAACAUGGUCCGUGAACUGGAACUUUAUAACACAGAAUAUUUUCUAGGCAUGUUCAUGAACUCCUUCGCCGUCUUUCAGGAAUGUGGUCUCUGGGUGUUGACGGAUGCAGACCUUAUAAGAGAUAACAUUGAUGAAGUCUAUGAUACUGAAGAGUAUACCGAGCGCUUUGCGGAGGAAAAUGAGGCAAACCUGGUUGAUUUUGAAGAUGCUUCUUCAGUUAGCAAUGUAUAUGUCAGGAAGUAUUUUCCAGAAACAUGGAUUUGGCUAGACUCCUCCAUGGGAGCUAAUACUUAUGAAGACUUCGAAGUUACUGUGCCUGAUACCAUCACUUCUUGGGUGGCUUCUGCUUUUGUCAUCUCAGAGGACUUGGGUUUUGGGAUAACAACCAUUCCAGCAGAGCUGCAAGCCUUCCAACCAUUUUUCAUUUCCCUGAAUCUUCCCUACUCUAUUAUCAGAGGUGAAGAGUUUGCUUUGGAAGUAUCCAUAGUCAAUUAUUUGGCAGAUACCAUUAAGGUUGUGGUGCUCAUUGAGGAAAGUGACAGCUUUGACAUUUUAAUGUCUUCAAAUGACAUCAAUAACACCAUGUACCGGAAGACUGCUCUAGUUCCCAAAGAUGGUGGGGUCACUCUUGUUUUUCCCAUCAAGCCAACGCACUUGGGAGAGAUUCCCAUCACGGUGACGGCUGCCUCACCCACUGCCUCUGAUGCUGUCACCCAGAUGAUUUUAGUAAAGCCUGAAGGGAUAGAAAAGUCGUAUUCACAGUCUGUCUUACUGGAUCUGACGAACAACAAUGUACAGUCUGACCAGAAAUCUUUGAGUUUCUCGUUUCCUCCUGGUACGGUCAUUGGCAGUGAAAGAGUUCAGAUCACAGCAAUCGGAGAUAUUCUUGGUUCUUCCAUCAGUGGCUUAGCCUCACUGAUACGGAUGCCUUAUGGAUGUGGUGAACAGAACAUGUUAUAUUUUGCUCCAAAUAUUUACAUUUUGGAUUAUCUGACUAAACAGAAACAGCUAACAGUUAAUUUAAAAGAAAAGGCCCUUUCAUAUAUGAGGCAAGGUUACCAACGGGAGCUUCUCUACCAGAGGGAAGACGGCUCCUUCAGUGCUUUCGGGGACAAUGACUCUUCUGGGAGCACUUGGCUAUCAGCAUUUGUUUUAAGAUGCUUUCUGGAAGCUGAUUACUAUAUAGAUAUUGAUCAGGAUGUGUUACACAGAACAUAUACUUGGCUCAAUGCACAUAAGAAAUCCAAUGGUGAAUUUUGGGAGCCAGGAAGAGUGAUUCACAGUGAGCUUCAAGGUGGCAACAAGAGCCCAGUAACACUUACGGCCUACAUCGUGACUUCUGUCCCGGGAUACAAAAAGUAUCAGCCUAAUAUCGAUAUACAAGACUCUAUCAAGUUUUUGGAAUCUGAAUUCAGCAGAGGAAUUUUGGACAAUUAUACCUUAGCAAUUGUAACCUAUGCCCUGUCUACAGUGGGGAGUCCUAGAGCAGAGGAGGCUUUGAACAUACUGAUGCAGCGAUCAGAAAAGGAAGGAGACACCCAGUUCUGGAUGUCAUCAGCAUCCACACUCUCCGAGUCCUGGCAGGCACGCUCCGUGGACAUUGAAAUCGCUGCUUACGCAUUGCUCGCCCACUCGUUCCACCAUGUUUCUGAGGGAAUCCCAAUUAUGAGGUGGCUCAUCAGGCAAAGAAACAGCCUGGGAGGUUUUGUAUCCACUCAGGAUACUGUUGUGGCCUUGAAGGCACUAUCUGAAUUCUCAGCCCUUGUGUACAAGGAAAAUACAGAUAUCGAACUGAUUGCCACAGGGCCCAGCGUACCGAAACCCAUACACUUCCGGAUUGACUCGAAGAACCUCUAUCUCCUUCACAAGGAAGAGCUUGCUGCUAUAGAUCCCAUCAUAGUGAAUGUUUCUGCACAUGGUUCAGGAUUUGCUAUUUGCCAGCUUAAUGUUGAUUAUAAUGUGAAAGGUUCAGGGCUUUCUAAAAGACGGAGAUCUACGGAAAAUCAAGAAGUUUUUGAUUUAGACGUUGUUGUGAACGACGGGGAGGACAUCAAUCGCCUGAAUCUGAAUGUGUGCACAAGUCAUUUGGGUACCGAGAGAACUGGCAUGGUCCUUAUGGAGGUUAACCUUCUCAGUGGCUUUACUGCAUCUUCAGAUUCAAUUCCUCUGAGUGAGACACUGAAGAAAGUGGAAUCUGGUCCCGGGAAACUCAACCUUUAUUUAGAGUCUGUAAAUGAAACUGAGUAUUGUGUUAAUAUUCCCACUGUGAGAGACUUCAAAGUUUCAAAUAUCCGAGAUGGUUCAGUCUCUAUAAUGGAUUACUAUGAACCAAGGAGACAGGCAUCGAGAAGCUACAACACCAAGGUGAACCUGUCCUCAUGUUACCUCAGUGCAGACACCAACUGCAAGUCGUAUACGGACGGAGCCACGGGCUCCCUUCGACGUCCUCCAAGCCUCCUCGUCUUUUGCUCAGUCCUUCUGUACUUUGUGCAACAUUGAUUAUGAUUUAUUUUUCAAGAACUCCGUCUAAAACUAGCAUUUCCAGAAAGUCAAGUGUGAUUGUUUUCUUUCUACAGCUGAUGAUUGCUUCUGACUGUUCUGAAAAUCAAUUGUUUCCCUUUCUUGGGGGGCCAGGGGAAUUGUCUGAAACAGGCCAGAGCUUGUGUAAGCAUGUAAAACAAUUCACCCAGUCUUUGUGUGGAAGAUGACCGAAAUGAUAAUACUUUAUUUCUCCUUCUCUAAGAAAGUUUAUUAGAUGCAUUUGUUUCCUCUAGAAUAAAAAUGUUAUUUUCCAUUA